AAUCCUCUAAGUCGGCUUCACCAGAGGUUGUCGCUUAUCUCAGCUCAAUUUCUUCCUUGCGGUUCUCUCUUGUCAGAAUUCAGAAUUCAUGCCGCUCUGGAUCUCUGGACCGGCCGCGCAGACCAUCGAGGAUGAAUCAGCGAUUGCGCCCCGACCGACUCGGGUGCGAUGGAUCCCCGCACGCUGCGCCCAAAGCUGUGCGGGAGCUGGUUACCUGGUGGCUGCUUUCGCACUUUCCCCACGCUCAGUUGUAUACUAUUCCAGCCCCGUCUCUUGCUUGCGAUGGGGGAUUGGGUUGCAGCUCUUUGCUAUUCUUGUCUAUAACAAAUUUUGUCCUUUUGCCGUUCAAUGCUUUGUUUUGGUUGGUGUACAUAUUGGGGGCGUCAUUUGCAGGUGGGUCUGGGCUUUGUUCUCGCUGGGAGUCUCUGGGUAGGAUGCGGAAAAGUGAAUAGCUAUUAUUGACCAAAUAAGCAAGAUCAGAUCGGAACAAUGGAACAAACGAAUCAGUAUCAUGUCUGAGAAUGGAAGA